CAUUUGCGUUCGUACUGGUACCGUACUUUACCAAAUACGAUAGCGUACGGUCGGCCUGUACGUAGGAUACGACACCCGAUAGAGAAAAUGGAAAAUGGUUCGUACAAAGCGAAGAGUGAUCAUCUUCAUCAUCCAUGAGAUUUUUGCAACCAUCACCGGUGAUAACACAUAACACUCGUGUAUGUGAAGGUCGGAAAACAAGGUAUUACAAGUGAUGAAAAGGAGAUUCCGGCAUCAAUCCAUAGUAAUCUACAUGAAAUCGAUACUGUAGAAAUCGGAAGCAUUCGUUGGUGUGCACCAUGCCCCCAAACAAUCGCAAAGAGAAAAUCUUUGCGUUUUGCGACGCCGACGAUGACGAAAUCGGGGAGAGCAACGACGGCCAAGAGAGCGGGAAGAACAACGGGGAGGAAGAGACGUCUAACACGAAGGAAAUGGGAACCGACUGUAGCAGCACGGAGGAUUUUGAUUCGGAUGGUGGAUCCGAAAUACUGAUGGAUGCAGAGGAAGAUGAGGACAAGCCAAAGAAACAAAGCCAUCGAUGCGCUUUUGCUGUUGCCGCUGCGCUUGCUGUCGCAUAUGCCUGCGAAAAGAGACGCCAGCUGAGGAUCACGAAAUCUCCCUUUCUCGCCGGACAGAUUCCACCUAAUUCGCUGGUGCGUUCAGCCUGCAAUAAGCUGAUGGACACCGACGAGGGAGUUUUCAAAGGCCCCAUUGUCCCUACAGUGUGGGCGGGAACCCGUGGGGGACUUUCGACUUCUGCGGCAUUUCUGGCCAAGGGACCUUCCCCAAAUGUUCCGUCGGUGUUAAGAUUUCAAGAGAUCAUCACCUCUUCCUACGACGGUGCCGAAAUCUGCCUCGUAUGGGAAGUCCCAAACAACAAUGACGACGACAAAACCGAAGGGCAGCGGCGAAGGGAAGAAAUCCUGGGAUCGUCUUUGUCUAACCGGAAAGCAGAAACGAGCAACACAAAAAUACAGAACCCUACUGUCUUGAUUUUGCAUGGGAUAAACAAUUCGUCUGGCUACGGAUACGUCAGGAGCCUGCAACGGACCAUGACGGACAGGGGCUGGAACGCGGCAGCGGUCGAUUUUCGAGGAUGCGGGCUAGCACAGCGGCUGUCGACCCCACGAUCCUACACGGCCGCGUACACAGGCGAUCUGCGGAGCUUGGUGAACCAGAUUUCGGCUCGAAUGAUGGGUGGCGCUGAAUGCAACGUUACAGCAGCCACAGCGUCUGCUCCCCUCUUUUUGGUGGGGAACUCGCUCGGAGCGAACCUCCUCACCAAGUACCUGGGGGAAGAAGGCCUGGCAGGAACCCUACCGCGGUCUGUUGCAGCAGGAGUCACUCUGGGCAAUCCCUUCGUUCUUCGGGCCAAUCGGAUGAUGUUCCCACAUUCGGUGCUAAUCGGGGCAGCCCGAAAGGCCAACUACUUCCGACAUCGCACGGCCCUAAGGAUGGCAGCCACGAAUGAUGAUGCGGGUUGCCCAGCCUCAACGAGGAAUGACUUUCGGACUGUCACCCGAUCUCUCAUCUACGACCCUCGCAUCAUUUCCCUCGCCUCACUCGAUCGGGCCGCAGCGCCCUACAUGGUUCGAAACUCGGCCCAUCCGCCCUACGAAACUCGCAUCGGAUACGGUCACCGCGGCGACAGAACUACUCCCCGCUACUCUGCUCCAACCAAAACUUCAAAGACCGACAGCAGCAGGAGCAGCAAUGAAACCAGCAAACCGGUCAUAGAACCGCAAACACCCGAAGACUUUUAUUGGAGGGAUAGCAGCUCCUUCCAACAGGGCCGCCACGUUUCUGUUCCCUUGCUGCACGUUCAGGCCAGAGACGAUCCCCUGUGCUUCGCCAACGCCCGGCGUCUGAUGGGCCACGCCCUACAGAAUCCCAACGUGGUUUACAUCGAGACGGAAUGCGGUGGCCACCUGGGGUGGUGGUCGGAAGAAUCCGGGGUUCCGAACGCGGGUUGGCUGGGCGCUCCCUGGGCUCACAAAGCUGCGGCGGAUUUUUUCGAGGCCGUCAUGGACGCGGGCGCCGAAGAGCGGUUUGCCGAAAGCGACAAGACGGUCGUGGCUUCUCCCAUCGAUGACGCCCACAACCUGUUUUCUAGAUCGUGCAGCUCCCGGUCUGGUGUUCUCGGUGGAGAAGCAGUUCCCCAAGAAGAUGACAAAACGAGGACGGGGUCGUCGUCCUCGGCAGAUUCGAUGCGGUGCCGUUCCGGGGCAUCCUCCAGUGAUGACAACGGCGAUGGCUCUCGUCGUGCCCGUCACACCCUGGGGCUACGGCGACCGGCCAACAGCCAGCAGCAGCAGCACCACCACCACACCGAGGAGCAGCCUCCUAUUGCAUAUAUUGCUGUUGUCAAAAAGAAAUUCAGAAUGCUGUCUUUGCGGCAGGACUUUUCCCCGACGUUUUCGGAGGAGGAGCGAGCGCGGCGUCUCGAAACCAAUCGGACGCUGGAGCGACAGCAAUCGAUCGAAUCGUCCCUCCGUUUGCGAUCGAGGUUGUGAGGGGGUUCAAAACGAUACAAAACUGAAAAAGGGACACGGGAGCAAUCGACGGGACCGGGGGAAUGCGUGUGUAGGGGGGGGGGGGCACAAGUAGUCCGCAAUGUCAAUGUACUAGAAUUAGUUGUUGCACAUGUCGAAGGCCGUGCAGCAUUAUUCUAGAUAAUGUGCCUUUAUCCAUGAUUUGUUUUCUUUGACGUGCCUUUCGUGUCCUUGAAGAACGAAAGAAACGCAGCUAUAGCAA